UUUAUAGUCAGGGGGGUCAUCUGAUAAUAAAGUCAGGGGGGUGGGGCAUCGUCAGUUUACAAAAAUAUCUACUGUUGUCCUAGACCUAGCCCAUGAGCCCCCAGGAUCCGCCCUUCAACUUAUUACCAGCUUUCUUUUAACUUGUACUGUUAAUAUUUUAGUUUGUUAGUUAGUGUGGGUCAAAUUUUGGAACCUAAAUUUGACCCACUUCCCGAAUUCCGAUUGAGCUGAAAAUUUGUAUGGUAGUUUGCUAGUAAUUUGUAAGUUGGGCGACAAUGCAAUAUUAUACAAUAUAUGCCUGGAGACAGGCGGUGACCAUAGGAACUCUUGUGAUGAAACAACGUAACCUAAGAGCGUUUUCACAUUGCCCGACAUCCGAUAUCAGAAUGGCGCUUUCGAUAAUUUUAGCCAUGCCGGCGGCCUCCGUCAGCUGUCGGACCGAUAACAUUUGUUUGUGUGCAUAUGUGUAGGCAUAAUGUUUGUUGUAGUGUGCGUGACUCCUAAAGACGGCGCCUGGGCGCGCCCGCGCGGCCUGACUACACGGAUGUGGGAUCCUACAUCCGAUAUCGGAUCGGACAAUGUGGAAACGCUCUUAUUGUGUUUGGGGUUUUUAGAAUUGUCUCCAUAACUAUUAAUUGCCUAUGGUAAAAAAGUACAGUCAGCGAUAAAAGCUUGUACCAAAAAUGAUAUUUUUGGCAAAAACUUUGCAAUAUUAAUACUUAGAGUAGGUAUCUACUCGUAUAUACAGUCAGCAUCAAAUACUUAGUGAUGGCUAAAUGACGGCCUAAGUACCUAAGCAUAUACACCUGGAAAAUGGCACAUGCUUAAUUAUUUCUAUGUAACAAAGGUAUGUUACCUACGAUAUAUUUGGCCACUUUAGCCGUAUUUUAAGCCGAGUGUAACGUUAAAAAACAACCAGAAUCUUCUAAGAAACUAACGUAAUUUUGAUGAUAUAAUUAAACUGUAGUAGAAUUCUUCAUUCAGUACUAACAGCUCGAUUUUGUUUCGAAAAUCACAUACUUACAAAGGUGUUGGUAGAACUGUACUGUGCUAAGUAUAACAAUAAGACCUCUGGAAACGUACAUAAACUAGGUAGUUUUCUUAUACAGCUUUUUGUAUCGUAGGUACUGUAGCAAAAGAACCGAUAGGUAAAGAUAUUCGCAGUCAAAUCCUACCCUACUACAAGCACGAGCCUCGUCGCCCCGGCGACGGCGCGCCUACUAUUAAUAUUAUAUCUCCUAUGUCAUUGAUAAAAGCACCGUUUUUGCGUAACGCUACCGAGUGUUGUGUCAAUCGGGUAGUGCGUGCGAGGGAGACGGAGCACCCCCGCCCCGCCCUGGAGGUUCCGCGCGCCCUCCGCUAGUCGGCGCUACGAGCCCGCCCUAGCACAACAUGCUGUUAUUAUAUCUUAUUCAGUACAAAUUCAUGUAGGUAAACAAACAAAACUGUGAUUUAAAAUUCUGACUGAUUGUGUUGACACGGGCCGGUUGGCGUGUGAGUGACGUGAGAUAGAGUGAGGACUGAAGAUGCUAAGUCGGACGUUACGCUUCUUCAAAUGUUUGUAGACUAGACGUAGUAUUUCAAUCUAACCUAGUCUUAAAUAAAGUAUAGUACAAAGCUAUCGAACUUAGCGCCUCGCGAUAACUUAUAUUCAAACGCUUAACAUACGUAAAACGGUUUGCCAAAUCGCCUCUAUUUUCCGUAAUAUAUUACAAGAUAGUGCUUAUCGAAGAACGUCCGUAGUUUUAUAGACGAAAACAAUGCCAGGGGUUCUCAUAAAGCAUCGAUAUCUGGGUGGUUGUGAUUUUUGGUGGGUAGCGUAGGCGGGCAUAGUCAUAAUGUGUGAAGAUAAGGAAGAGAUGCGGAGCGAGGCGGCGCGCGCGGCCAGUCCGCAGCACCUGUGCUGGCAGCGCCGUCCGCCGCAGCCGCUGCCGGACACGCGCGGCCUCUGCUGCGCCAAGCUGCUUCGGAAGAACGGCAAGCCGAAGAAGGUGUUACUGUUCCCUGAGGAGGGUUGGGCGCGCAGCGCCUCCUCGUCGUACUGGACGCUGCAGCCCUGCUGGUGGCGCAAGAACCGGUGCAAGGUCGUCGAGGUCGCCGGCACGAGAAAACACAGCACACAAGCGCGGAUGGUGGUGAGCGGCGGGAACGCGGUGCACGUCGUCGGCACCUUCAAACACCUCGGCACCGACGCCGACUUCAAGUUAUACCUGACGACGAACGUGACGCAGGCGGACUUCAACAUGGGCUACACGAUGACAGGCACGCUGGAGCGCGGCUGCCGCUCCACCAAUACCUUCCAGAUGACGCACUUCGCCGUGCUGCGGCGGUGCGACCACGACGGCCACCAUCUCAAGAACUCAUAAACGUCAAAACAACAUUUACCGCAUAUUAGGCAAAUCACACAAUUACACCGCACUUCUCCGAUACAGCGCUGUAAGCAACUCUAGAUCACAAAGAUUAAAGAUUAGAUUAUAAAGUCAAUCAAAUAAGUACUGCAAUUGUUAGUGUUUCUCCACAAAUAAGUAAACUUCGUAUUAUCGUCACUCUGUCAAUAAGGUGAACCUAAAUGAAAUGAAAUUGUAAUUUUCUUAAAAGCUACAAAUAUUUGUAUGGUAUAAUAUUUAUUUCCAGGCUUACAAAUUUGUCUGCCAGCCUCAUGUGAUGAUAUUUAUUUUAUCAAUAUUCUAAACAAUCUGAUGUUAAAUAAACAGCUAGAUAAACUAUUUUGACAUAUAUCAGAGCCUACCAAACUGUCGAACUUUAGUACCGAAAAGUAACAAAAUUCGUUUAUCGUAACUACUACAUUUAGUUUGGCAGUUUUGUCGAACACAGAGCGCCGGUAAUAUUGCGCACGUGGAAAGGUCGAACAUGCGUGCGUUCGUUCUGCCUGAUUAGGCGGGCACAUUCGCCCGGACCCUGUCCGGUACUUUACCUGAGGGUAGCGUAACCCGUUGCAACACUCUGCGCCCCAGUCUCCCCUCCGUUCGGUAGGCUAUUAGAGCUAACAGCAUUUGUCCAUUGGAAACAAAAUGAAUAAUUCGAAUCCAAUAGCUGGCAGACAGCUCGGUAAUGAUAAUGGAUGAAGUCUGUACUUUUAAUUAUUGAUCGUAACUGCCCAGGGUUGAAUUUAUGUGAAGCGCGCGGAUAAGACACAAAUAUUAAAUUUUAAAGAUAUGAUAGGUAGAUUAUAGUAAUAUUUUUAAAUACGCAUUCAAAACUGAGAUAAAAACCUAGUUGGUGUAACUCAUGAUCUCGAAGGAUGUUAUCCAAGGAACUCUUAAGUUAGUGCAUAAUAUUAGGGUUACUCAUAAUGCCAAGCAAUAUUGUGAUCUCGAAUUUCAACCAUUUGAAUAAAGUUAAUGUUACAGCAUUUUGACUAACGUAUUAAGAUGUGCUAUUUAUUUGUAAACUGUUUUAAUAUUUGCAGCUAUUGUAGAUGUAAAUAUAAGGAUAACUGUAUAAAUAAUAGUACUAGAUGUUAUUACGAGAUUAUUUUUGUAAAAAUCGAUAAUAAUUAAAUAUGAUAAAGUGUCGAGUAGAGCCUUCUUUGUUUUUUCUUUUUUUUAAUUUUAGUGUUUCGCUUUCCUCGUGUAGAAUUUUAAUAUUCUCGUUGUCGUUUUUCCUGAAAUUGUAGAUAUUCUCAUAACAACCAAAAUCUUCAUGGGCAGAUAUCCAUAGUCAGUUUAUUUCAUGUGAAUUAUAGUGUUAAAAAUAGAAUAUACGAUCAUAUUUGGGGCCGUUGUCAUGUGUCCAGAUAAUAUAAUAAGUACAGAGUCAGAAGUACCUGUUGUAUUAAUAAAUAUAAACAAAAAUUCUCUACACCGCCUCAUACUCAAUCCACCAAAAAUUUAAAUGUUGUUUAAAACUUAUUUAUCUUUAUUAUUCCACUGACUCGAAGCAAAAUACAGGGGGUUAAUACUAUAUUUUGCUUCGAGUCAAUAAUAAUAAAACAAUAAUUAUUCCACUCAAAAAUAUAUUUAAUCAAUCCAGGGUUUAUCAAGUUAGAGUCAGACAAAUGCGCAGCAAACUAAAUCUAGUCUCACUUACUAGUAGGUACAGUGCAACUUAUAGGUACUUUACUCGAGUAAAUAUGUAUGUUCCUUGUUAACUACCUAUAGGUACUUUUAUGAACAUAAUCAAAGCUAGAUAUCAGUUAGCAGUAAAAAUGCUUCAAAAUUCAGUGUAAAACAUUAUUAAUAGAUUGUACAAUCGGUUUAAAUUCCAAGUCUUUAAUUAAAGAUAUCUACCAUUGUAGGCGAGAUCUUGCGGUUUAGUUGCAGGAAGACAAAUGCCGGAAAUUUCAAAAGGCUUUAGCCUUCCUUCAAUGAAUUGACUUAGAAGGGCAGUUUAUUUUCAAUGAAAUCACAAGUUUAUAUCACGGGUGUUAAACCCGUUAGAACUAAAUGACGGUCAACAUAUAAAAUACAUUUAUUAAAAAAUCUCGAUAAUUUCAAGUAAUCUACAGAAAACCUGCUUGUUUUAUAUUUAACAAAACCACUCUAGACCCCUUUGUACUAUUUAAAACCGUAGAAAACAUUCUAGUAAUUAAUGUUUCGUGAUCCAGUAAUGCAGUUUGGAAUAGUAUUUUGUAUCGACUAUGAAUAUUGAAUAGGUUAUAUGAUAGGGGUUAUGUAUAAGGAUCGAAUAACACAAACGUCCAAUAUCGCACUCCCUCCAGUGUUUACACACAUCAUUUUUGUACAAAGUUGCGAGUAUUUUAUUGGCUACUAUUUGAUUAUAUAUUGCCUAUUCACUAGGAUAUUUAAGUCCUUUCGCAGAGUCUACUAAUGUGUAAAAUCAAGUAGGGUUAAACAUAACGAUCAACUAAUGAAAUCAAUGCUAGUAUGAUAAGAAUAAUCUUCCUUGUAUUAAAGACUAGCAAUUUACAACAUUUCUUAGGUGUGACCCAAUUACUCAAAAUCAUCAUCAAUCAUUUCUAGCUAAUAAACGACAAUGAAUCCAAACAACUCCCUUUAACCCUUUACAGGAAAAUUCAAACACGGUCGUCUUUGAGACCAAUGUUUAUCAACGUUACAAUUACUUCAAUAAAAAAACGUUUGCCUGUAAUGGUGUAAAGAUCAGUGUUUCUGAUGUAACAGAGGUAUGACAUGUCUGUCUAAAGAGAACGUUUUACAAUAUGUAAUGUAGAGUAUUAUGUUAAGUCGACUUUUGAGAUAUUAAUGAUCUAGACGUGUGCGUUGUGCAAUAUACCUACGUAGAACUUUUAUCCACAUUGGAAAAAUUUUAAGUAGCCCAUAACGCCAUGGAAUCUUGUUAACCUUGCAUUCAUAAGUGCAUUCUAUCUAAAAUUAAAAAUGUUUGCUCAAUUCCACCCUCAAGCGACACUUAUUUACUCAUAUUUAAUUUUAAUUACCUUAUUAUUGAACUAUAAUUAUUACUGAAAGCAAGUGCCAAAGACAAUUAGGGAGCUUUUACUGUAAGUUUCAAUUAAUUAAUUACCUAACGAUGUGUAAGUAGUUAAGAUAUAUUGUAAAUAUUCGCUUCAUUCAUGUUGUAUGUAUUUCGUAAAAGUAUCGAAAUGAUUGAAUAAAUUGUAUGAAACA